ACCCUAAUUAUCUUGCUUAAUUUGAAAAAAGGGGGAAAAAAUAAGAGACGAGUGAGAGAAAGAGAGAGGCCGGAUCCAGAUUCCGAAGGGGUAUUUCCGGCCACAUUUAUACAUUCGGCGGCUGAAAUGGAAGCGCACGGGUCGGGGCUCCGGCGCGUGUUGGUGUUCGGCUUCUGCGUCGUUGGAAUUUGGGCUGCUUAUAUCUACCAAGGCGUGCUUCAGGAAACUCUGUCCACGAAGCGAUUCGGGCCAGAUGGGGAUAGGUUCGAACACCUUGCGUUCCUGAACCUGGCUCAAAAUGUGGUUUGUCUAAUCUGGUCAUAUAUAAUGUUAAAGCUUUGGUCUAGUAGUAAUGCUGGAGGCGCACCUAUGUGGACGUACUGGAGUGCCGGGAUUACUAAUACGAUUGGACCCGCUAUGGGGAUCGAAGCGUUGAAGUAUAUCAGUUAUCCGGCUCAGGUCUUGGCAAAGUCCUCAAAAAUGAUACCAGUGAUGCUGAUGGGUACUCUAGUCUACGGCAAAAGAUACAGCUUUCCUGAAUAUGUUUGUACUCUCCUUGUUGCCGGAGGGGUAUCCAUAUUUGCACUCUUGAAGACUAGCUCAAAGACUAUUAGCAAGUUGGCACACCCGAAUGCUCCCCUUGGAUAUGGACUAUGUUUUCUCAACCUCGCUUUUGAUGGAUUCACAAAUGCCACCCAGGAUUCAAUAACUGCAAGGUAUCCAAAAACAAGCGCCUGGGAAAUAAUGUUAGGCAUGAAUUUAUGGGGUACCAUAUACAACAUGAUUUAUAUGUUUGGCUGGCCCCGUGGCAGCGGAUUUGAGGCGGUUCAGUUCUGCAAGCUGCAUCCGGAAGCAGCUUGGGACAUUCUUCUCUAUUGCCUCUGCGGUGCAGUUGGGCAGAACUUCAUUUUCCUAACCAUAAGUCGUUUUGGUUCCUUAGCUAACACCACCAUUACCACUACCCGCAAGUUUGUAAGCAUCGUGGUGUCUUCGGUGCUGAGUGGCAAUCCCCUGUCAACAAAGCAGUGGGGGUCUGUUUUCAUGGUGUUUUCUGGGUUGUCAUAUCACAUCUACCACAAGUGGAGGAAAGCCCAGAGAGCGCCAAAGAAGAGAAAGCCAAUGUAACAACAAUUUUGAAUUUGGAUAUUCAAAAGCCCUUCUUUUUUCUUUCCAAAAUUUUCCGUCUCUUUUGUUUUCCUUCGUUGGUCAUAUAUUUGAACCUUAUAUGGUUAAAUACUCAAGGUUCUUUGUAAUGUAAUUGAAUAGACCUUCUACCAAAUUCGCUCUUUUGAGAAAUUAAUUGAAGUAUGUGAAUCAAACAAAAAUGGACGAAGAUUCUCUCCUCUCUA